UUGGUGCUGCGGCGGGCGCGGUCGGGCGGCAGCGGAGUGAAGCGCAGCGCAGGGAGGGAGGGACGGGGCUCGUCAUGAGGGUCUGUUGACGGUUUUAUCUCUUUUAAAGCGUGACGGUGCCGAGUUUUAGCAUUUUAUCGAAGUGGGCGAGCAGAGGUUGUUACCGUUUUAGCCGUUUUGGGAGCAGUGUGAUAGUUGAAGUGAUAGUCAUCCGCGAGUCCAAACAAUGCCUCCGUUAUUUGAGUGGGCUGAUGAGAGUAUCGACUGGGCCAGGUGGUACGCUGAGGUGGCCCAGCCGACAAUGCGAACUCCCGAGAUCCGAAAUACGCCGCUGUUCGAGCGGCCCUCGCAGAGCGGAGUCGGGUAUUUGUGCGGCGGUAAAGGCGGCUUGAUUCGCCAUGUGGAUCAGACUCAUACUCCCGUCUUCCUGCUUGGAGAUAAACGGUGGACCCGUGACCCGGAGCCCGAGGAGCGCUCUCUGUGGCAGUUCCUGUCACCAGCCGCCGACCCCACCGGUUCAGAUGUCACCAGACGACUACCUCAGGAGCUGCUCUGCUACAUUUUCAGCUUCCUGGAGCUGCGCGACCUGCUGCCCAUCGCCCCAGUAUGUUCCCGCUGGCGCGAGACGGUCAACUACCUGCUGCGCCGUCAGUACACGGUCACCAUGCGACAGCUGACGCUGAAGAGGGGCAGCUACGUGACCCAGCGCUCCCUGUGCCGUAUGGUGCCCCGGCUGACCCAGCUGAGAGUUCUGCGCGUCACCGGGCCUCGGCUCAGGUCACUGAAGGUCGACAUCGUCGGGUUCCACUGCCGUCUUCUGGAGACGAUCGACCUGACGUCGUUCCGUGUCUCCAAGGCGUCCAUGGUGCGUCUCUGCACCCGCUGCCCGCGUCUCUCCGAUCUGACCCUACCCCCAGACGGGGAGGAACACUUGGCUGAGGUGGCCGCCUGUCAUCUCCGCGGUUUGCGUGCUCUGAGAUUGGUGCGGACCGCGGUCCUCGACGGGAGCUGGCUGGCCGCUCUGCCUCCCUCUUUAACCACACUGAGCAUGGUGGAGUGUCAUGUGGAGGGGGCCUCCGCACUGGCGGAGACGAGCCUGCCGGACCUGCGGAGGUUGAACCUCUCCGGAGAGAUGUACAUAGACUGGGUGGCGGUCGAGCUAGCCCUGUCCCGCUGGCCGAGACUGGAGAGGCUGGAUCUGGCCGAGAGCAGUGUGCCUGCCGAGCUGGUGCGGGAGCUGCCAGACCUGGUGCCCGGCCUGACCUACCUCGACCUCAGUGGUUGUAACGUCACACCAUGGUCAGUCGCCUCCCUCCACCGUCUCAAGAACCUCCGUCACCUCAAGCUGACAGACGUACGCCUGAUAAACGUCCAAUGGUCGGCUGUGGUACGAGACGCUACCGAACUUGUCGAAAGUCUACAGCGCAUCACCUCCCUAAGAGAGCUCAGUCUAGGGGAGACCCCGCGCCGCCGCGGUCCGCUUCAGAUGAGCUUCAAUGCUGCUGCUGUGGAGUGGCUGAUCACCGCCCUACCCGCUCUGGAGAGGCUGAACGUGGCCGGCUGCUGCGCCAUGUGCGACUGGGCUCUCCUCGAGGACCUGCGCAGCCUGCGCCUGUCACUGUCACCCAAACGCAAAGUCACCAUUCAGCUGUGGGGGUCGAUGGAAAAGGCCGUCGUCUUCUCCGGCAGGCCACAGAGCUAGCUGCCUGAAGGAUGGUGACAUCUGCACAUAUUCACCUCUCCUGAGGCCACAGAGGCCUGCCAUACGGGGCUCAGUGAAUAACUUGCCUCAAUGCAAGUGACACUGAGAACUGAGGAGCCUGUUUCAUGGUUCAAGCCAUUGGAAGAGGCUGAAUGCAUCAUCAGUCAUCAGGUUAACCAGGCCUGUCAUUAACUACGGGAGCCGUUCACGAAACCGGAGCGCAGCCGACCAUGUUCUGCCUUCGGGUCAUCUUCACUACAUGGCUUUUACCCAAAACUGUACCCAACGGCUGUGGUUCAUGAAAUAUAUCGUGAACCCUCUGUG